AUGGGGUUGCACCAGGGAUCAGCUCUUAGUCCAUUCUUAUUUUCCUUGGCGAUGGACGCAUUGACGAGACACAUUCAAGGUGAGGUGCCAUGGUGUAUGUUAUUUGCUGAUGACAUAGUUUUAAUUGACGAGACGCGGGGUGGUGUUAACAAGAGGCUGGAGAUUUGGAGGCAGACUUUAGACUCUAAGGGUUUCAAGUUGAGCAGGACCGAGACGGAAUACAUGGAGUGCAAGUUUAGCAACGGUACCCAGGAAAGAGAUAUGGAAGUGAAGCUUGAUACGCAAGUCAUCCCCAAGAGAGGUAGUUUCAAGUAUCUCGGAUCUAUAAUACAAGGUAACAUGGAGAUUAAUGAAGAUGUCACAAAUCGUUUCGGAGCAGGAUGGAUGAAGUGGAGGCUUGCAUCCGGUGUCUU